AAGGAUCUCGGGAAGCAGUGUGGCUUGAGAUGUGAAAGAGGGAGGGUGUGCUGCUUCCACCUCCCUGCUGCCUGUGACACUGACCCCAGCCAUUGCAACACACCUGUGCAUUAUACAAAGGUGUGCUUCACCUCUACACCUUCCCACCACAGCAGGCGUGGUGAGGCGUGACCCAGCUUGCCAUGUCUGACCUCGGCUUCAUCACCAUCCCUCGCGGUCGCCGGCUGCCUCAGAUCCCCGCCACCACCACCACCAUCACCGCCAACAACCUCAAUAACAACAACCACAAUCACAACAACAACAACAAUAAUAACCUGAAGAAUGGAUACUUCAAGAACUUUAAUAAAAAUGGCUAUUGUUUUAGUAAUAUUGGAGGAGGAGGAGGAGGAGGUAACUUGAAAACGCCUGUAAUACCUAUUGUUAAUGGUGGUGGUGGUGGUGGUCAUCAUCUGGCGAACGGACGCGCUGUUCAUGACGGAUUUGCGACAAUACGAGCUGGCGGGAAGAGAGGGCGGUCCUACAGCUCUCCUACGGUAACCCAGGACACCUCUACAGCCUCCCAGUGCUCCCAUGGAUGCUGCGGGCCAGGGGGAGGGCGUGGCUGGACCAUGGAGCCGCUGUGGGAGGAGAGAGGAGAGGGAGGAACGCCUGCUGUGUCCCGCCGUGAUCGUCCUCAGCUGCCGUGGUGGGAAGUGGCCACUCGGCGCUCUAGAUACCGGUCAUGUCCAGCCUUCUCACAGGCCAGUGUGGUGACAGCCCUAGAGCAGACCAUGAACAGUGUCACCACCACUUUAGAGAGGCUGGCAUCAUCACCCGACCUCAAGGAGACAGAGGCAGCUGAGAUCAGGAAGACAGCAGCAGUAUUGAGGCAGCAGAGUUCAGCAGUGUGUCAGUCUGUCAGUUCAGGUUACAUCAGUCUGGAGCGACAACUCUCCUGCGACAGUGUUUCCAGCGUCACAUCCACUGUCAGUGCCACCUCCCUCUCCUCAUACGCCUCUCUGGGCUCCCACCCCCUCACCCCCUCACUCAUGCCUCACUGCAACGCUCACCAUAACCACACAUCCCCGGACACUCUUAAUGCUUCCCAAGGCCAGGCUAAGCUUAAAAAGAGAAGCUGGCUAAGGAGUUCAUUUCGCCGAGCAUUUGGACGACAUGGAAGAAAGCUGACCAAACAACAAAACGAGCUCGGGUCACCACCAUCACCAGGUCAGAGGUCACACAGCAUCCUCAAUGACCUGCCCCUUCACCACACCGUUAAUUCAGCCGUCAGACACCUCCCACCCCCUCCUCCGUACUCUGCCUCCCUCCCUCGCAAGUCCCAUUCCUCAUCAGGGCUUCUCGGUACAGCAAGAAGGAACACUCUGCUUAAAAGGAGUGCGCUGGAGGACAAGGAGGAGGAGGUGAGGCGUCUUAGGGAUGAGGUGACAGAGAAGGAGAGAACACUUACCGACUGCAGGCUGGAACUUCUCUCGGCUCAACACCAGAUACAGGAGCACGCCGACACCAUUGGCAGACUGCAGGCUGAGGUGGCGGUACUGCGGGAAGAGAACCUACGCCUGGUGGGUGUGGUGAAGGGACAGAAGGGAACAGCAGCCGACCAGGUCCUUCCAGCCCUCACCCACACCCUCACUUCCCUUGCCAUCUCCCCUUCACCCAUCAAUAGAAGCAGUUCAGUCCCCCAUGAGAACGGGCAUGUGAUGAAGGUGGUGGUGGUGUUAGGGGGCCAGGCCAGACCCUCCCCCACCACCCACACACCAACCCACCACCUGGACCCCUCCCACCUCACACACAUUGGCAACAUUACCGUGGGAUGCAAAACUACUUGGCAACAGUUGGAUACUAUGGUGGUGAAUACACUGAAGGAUUAUGGCAACUCUAUUGACCCUGUGUCAGCACUGGGACUGGAUGCGAGUGCCUUAGACAGCUACCAAGUGGAGGAGGUUGUGUGUGGACCUACCCUGCCACGGCCUGAGCUGCUGCCCUAUGGAUACUGUGUGGGGGAUGUGGAUGCUGUGCUGGUGUGGCUGAAGAAUGCUAGUCACAAGAAAGAAGGGGAGGCAGUGGGGAGUGUCUCAUCAUCAGCACUAGCCAGCCUCACCCCAGCACCUUCCCUGAGACACCUGGCUGGCCUCCUAGUGGAACACAGGCGCCUGGUGCUGGCUGGACCCCCUGCUGUGGGCAAGACCUCUCUGGCUCACACCCUGGCUAAGUUCUUUGUGGUGAACGCUGGCCAUGAUGUGACAGAGGAGGCAGUUAAGGUGUUCAGAGUGACAGGAAACAACAGCCUGGAUUUGUGUCAGCUUUUAGCAAACACUUGGCCGAGAGGGAUGGCCACCUCCUCCAUCCUCGGCCCCACCACCACCACCACCACCACCUGCCACACACCCAGCCCGGCCAGCCCCCUUGUACUGGUGUUGGAUGACCUACAUGCUGCUGGUGGAGUAGUGGAAACCCUAAAACGUUACCUGCCUUCCACUCUCCACUCAGGGCCAGCCAUCAUUGCCACCUGCUGCCCCUCCACCGCUCUCUCCACACGACUCCACAUCCACUGCAAUUUCAAGUGGGCGGCACUCACCCCGCAGCAGGAGCCAGUGCGUGGACUGUUGGGGCGUGUGCUGCGGCGGCGGGUGGCAGCGGCAGAGGCAGCAGCCAACACGCGGCUGCCGGACGCCCACCACCUGGCUGAGUGGCUGGCACGGCUGUGGCUGCACCUCAACACACUGCUGGCUGGCCACUGUGGGGCCGAUGCUGCCCUGGGGCCCGGCCUGCUGUUGGACUGUCCCCUUGGCCAGGAGGAGACACAGGCCUGGUUCCUGGAGGUGUGGAACAGCCGGGUGGUGCCACACCUCCUGGCCACCAUGCAUGGUGCCGCCCCCCACCCCCCCAGCCUGGCACAGUCAUGGACUGACCCCCUGGACUGGGUGCUGGCCACAUACCCCUGGCCAAAUAGUGUGGCCUCUGGACCAGACCAUCUCACUAGAAUCUUGGUCUCGGACGUCCUGAGUUUGGUGAACAACAACAACAACAGCAGCAGCAACACCAACAACAGUAACAGUGACUCCCCCUCCUCCAGCACCUGCAUCACCACCACCACCACCACCACCACCACCUCAACCUUUCAGAACAACACCUAAACACCUCAUUUAAAUUGGCUUGGUGUAGGUUUUUAUUUAUUUUAUUCUAUUUUAAUGUAGGAAGAGAGAUACUGACAUAGGGCAAUGAAAAUAGAGACCUACUUAAGUGCAAGUCCCCAAAGUAAAGUAAAAAUGAAUAAAUAAUGGAGGAUCUGUGUCACAAAUACUGAGCUGCAGUCCUCAAAAUUUCUUGCCGUGAAGCCAAAAGAUAGAGAAGUAUAUAGUGUGUGCAAGUGUGAGGCAGAUUGGAGGCAAGCUUUAUUUCUGUGACACCUCCAAGCUAAGGUAAGGUGUGCAAGCUGGUGCUUAUUACAGGUGUGUGUGUGUGUGUGUGAGAGAGAGAGAGAGAGAGAGAGUAUUUUUGCAUGUUUGUAUUUUUAUAUGACUCAGUUUAGCUCAUAGUCUUUUUUUAGUGUGUGUAUGUCUGUGUGUGUGUGUGUGUCAGGAAUUCUCCGAACAAAUAAUUUUAGCUGUGUUAUUUGUUAGGCAUUGAAGUAUCCCUUAGAAAUUACUCUUAUUAUUUAUUAUUAUCAUUAUUAUUUUUAUUAUUAUUAUUAUUAUUAUUAUUAUUAUUAUUGUUGUUGUUGAUAGUCAUUAUUGUUCUUAUAUAUUGAUUUAUCUUUCUUAUUUCACAUUUUCCAUUGAGAUCAUUAGUAAACACACACCAAGGGAUACAAUACUGUAUUAAUUCAACUCAUAAUAUUUUUGUACAUUGCUGUAGUGUAGAGUUAGUUAAGGCCACACAGGUCAUGUACAGAGAGCCACCACAUGUACCACUCACCAGUCAGUCAGUCAGUCAGGCAGUCACCAGUCAGUCAGUCAGUCACCAGUGUUCUUUUACGACAGUGUUACGAGUGGCGUCAUCCAGUGCCAAAUACCCACCUGUGUGUGUGUGUGUGUGUGUGUGUGUGUGUGUGUGUGUGUGUGUGUGUGUGUGUGUGUGUGUGUGUGUGUGUGUGUUAUUGCUGGCCCCACACAGGUGUCUCGUUAAUGGUGUGCCUCCUCCUCACCACCACCACCACCACCACCACUGCCUCAAAGAAAAAAAAAAAAAAAAAAAAAAUCCAUAUUAGUUUUCCUUUUUACUUCACAUGCUAUUAAAACAGAUUCCAAACCACCACCACCACCACCAACAACAACAACAACAACAAACAACAACAUGCACCACCACCACCACCACCUUAGAAAUUAGAAAGAUCUUCCCAUAUCAGUUUUUUCUUUACUUUACAUAUUAGUAUCACAGAAUGUAGAGGCUUACAGGUGGUGUGUGUGUGUGUGUGUGUGUGUGUGUGUGUGAGAGGACUAGAGGCAGACCACCCCACCACAUGUCUUCCCCCAAACCCAAAGAUUAUUUGUAAUAAAACUAAACAUUCUGA